AUGUCACUGAUCUUACUUCUUUGUUUAUUGCAACGCAUCCGUUAUCAUCGACGGUCAGACAAGACGCUAGCUAUCGUACUGCCUGUGGCCCUCCUUACAAUUAACUUGGGAGUGAUUUGGUGCCUUCUGUUUAGUAAUUAUCCUGACACAAGUCUCGCCACUAUUAUUGACUCUACUCUGUCACUCGUAACGACGACUGCAGCUCUCUCGCUCCACAUCCUCGAACAGAGCAGAUGUGUCAAGCCAUCAGGCGCCGUACUAGUGUACCUCGCAUGCUCACUAACGAGAGACCUUUUGGAGUUACAAGUCAUUCCAAGCUGCCUGAGCACUGGCACUUGCCACUUGGUCAAAUCUAGGAUCUGUAUCGAGGGACUCUGGCUGACUUGGGAUCUACGGGCCAAUGAUUUAUUCUCGCGUCUUGGCCAAAAGUUUGCUUUUAUUCCAGAGGAAGCAGCCGGAAUCCUUAGCCAAAUAUUCUUCUGGUGGAUGCAUCCGUUGCUAAGGGAAGGGUAUAGCGCUAGGCUGAAUCUUGCGACUUUACCCGAGAUCGACGAAGCACUUUCAUCACAAGGACUGCGAAAACGAGCUUUAAGAUUCUGGGUCGGACGGUCAAAUCCCCACACAAGAUGGAUGCUUCCAUAUGCGCUAGCAAGAUGUCUCAAGCGUCCAUUGUUGUCACCGAUACUUCCACGCGUAUUUCUCAUCUUAUUCACAUACUUGCAGCCCAUCUUCAUUGGAACAGCAAUACGAUUUGUCAAUGGCGCGUCUCAGACCAUUCUCGGUGGAGAUAGUGGCUUUCGAUUGGUGCUUUUUGCUACGGUGGUGUACAUGGGAAUAGCGGUGUCGGCGGCAAUCUACCAGCAUGAAAUCAAUAGACUGCGCGUUAUGGUUCGGGGAGCAUUGAUCGGUCUCGUUCACCACCAGUCGCUUCAUUUGCCAAAUGAGAAAUCUCAAGGCUCAUCCCCAUUGGCAUUAAUUACCUCAGAUAUUGACAGCAUCGACUCCGUGGGUGAGGUUUUCCACGAGACCUGGGCCCGGCUUAUAGAGGUAGCUACCGGGACAGUGCUCUUGGCCGCUCAGAUCCAAUGGUUCGCAUUUCUACCAUUGAUAAUAAUCUUCGGAUGCUCGCGGAUGAGUGCGUAUGUCGCAAAACACUUGGGGAACCGACAAAAAGGCUGGAACGAAGCAACGCAGAACCGUCUUGCCGCAACAACCGCAGCCAUAGAAGGAAUCAAGAGCCUGAAGAUGAUGGGCAUGGAGGAUGCAAUCCAGUCUCAGAUAUUGCAUUUGCGAAGCAAUGAGAUCAAAAUGUCCAAACGCCUACGAUGGAUUCUGGUCGCCUACAAUGCAAGUGCAAAUGCACUUGGGAUCCUCGCUCCAGUCUUGACUCUCAUCCUCUUCCUCUUAUCCUCUCAAAACGAUCGAAUGCAUGCCGAUCAAACCUUUACAUCUCUUGCCCUUCUAGCGAUGGUAACACAUCCAGCCAACAUGGUCAUGACUCUCAUUCCACAGGCCAUUUCUGUUAUGGCAAACUUUGAUCGUAUCCAGACUUUUAUUAGCCAAACGUCCAUUCAAGAUGCGCGAGAUGUCUCUCAGGGAGACAGUGCUCAACAAUUCGUUUCAAUGCAAAGCGUAACGGUAGCAGCUCGUCCAUUAUACAAUCCUAUACUCUGUGAUGUUGACUUAGCAAUCACAAGAGGGGAAAUUGUGGUUUGCGCUGGUGCCGUUGGAAGUGGGAAAACAACGUUAGCAAUGGCUGUUCUCGGAGAAGCCACUAUUACCACUGGGUUGAUCUGUGUCUCUUCCAAGAAGAUUGCGUAUUGCGCUCAAGAGCCGUGGUUGCCUAGCGUCACUAUCCGUGAAGCUAUAUCAGGACGUAUCGUUGGCCUAGAUAUCCAGUGGUAUAAUAUUGUGAUCGAAGCCUGCGGUUUGGUGGCAGAUUUCCAUUCCUUUGUCGCGGGUGAUAUGGCACUGAUAGAGAACAACGGAAUGAACCUCUCUGGGGGGCAAAAACAGCGUAUAGCUUUGGCCCGGGCAGUCUACUCGAAAUAUAGGAUGCUUGUCCUAGACGAUCCCUUCAGUGCCCUUGAUGAAGGUGUCACAGGUCACAUCGUGCAGAGGCUGUUGGGCCCACGAGGUCUGUUUCGAAAAAUGGCGACUACCGUGCUUUUGGUCAGCAAUUCUAGUGGGUUUACAACUCUGACUAUAAAGGUUGAUUCUUCCUCUAACAUCAAAAAUUGGGUAGGAGAGAUAUUUUCGAUUGCAGACCGAGUGCUGCUCCUGCAGGAUUCAAGGCUACAUCACCAUACCCACCUUCAAGAUCCGAAAGCUGCUUUCGGGCUUCUUACAUUGCCUGCAAAUCUCAUCCACACCCCCAACCGACCGAAGGAGUUUGGAGGUUUUGGAAAGAUCCGGAAACUACAUCUAAGCGAUGCUGAGGACGAUAGCUCUCGGAGGACUGGGGAUAUUACAAUAUAUGGGUAUUAUAUGCGCGCAAUUGGCUGGUCAAACGCUCUUCUUUUGAUUGGCUGUACGGCUGGUUUCUCAUUUUGUUCUACAGUUGCUCAGUAUGUUCUCAAAUGGGCGACAGAAUCGCCUCGGGACAGAAUUGGGGUUUAUAUGUCUCUCUACGCUGCAAUGUCGUUCAUGGGGUGGGCGGCAACUAGUGGAACUGUGUGGGCCGCUCAAAUCAAAGUUGCUGUCAGGUCAGGGGCUUUUUUACACGCACAGCUUCUUGAUCGAAUCCUUAAGGCCCCUCUGUCUUACUUCACUGGAACUGAUAUCGGGGUCAUUAUGAACAGGUUUGGGCAGGACAUAAAUCUCGUGGAUAAGCAACUUCCUCCAACGCUGGCAAAUCUAAGUACCCAAAUCUUUAAGCUGUUAAUGCAAUUGGUGCUACUCUUAAAGAUCCGACCAAUGAUGACUCUCACUGUGCCAGUCUGCGCCAUAUGCGUUUAUUUCAUUCAACGGAUUUAUCUUCGGACAUCUCGACAACUACGCUUCCUUGAGCUAGAGUCCAAAACAUUUUUGUUCACGAAUUUCCUAGACACGGCGAAUGGCAUUGUUACAAUCCGGGCCUUUGGGUGGAAAGACAAAUUCGAUAGCGAGAAUGUGAAAGCCUUGGACCUAUCUCAAAAGCCAUUUUACCUUCUUCUCUGCCUACAGUGCUGGCUAAAGGUGAUACUGGAUUGCAUUAUCACAGGGUUUGCAGUUCUUCUGAUUGCGUUUACCGUCUCCUAUCGAAACACCACAGCCGGUGCCGAUCUUGGUUUGGCUCUGAACUUGAUAAUUGUCGCAAACACCACGCUACUGCGGCUUUGGGCUACAAAGUCCACUCCACUUACCCUACGCAAUGUAUCUCUCACCGUCAAGCCUGGACAAAAGACCAUUAUUGUGGGCCGAACAGGGAGUGGUAAGAGCACAUUGAUGCUUUUCUUGCUACAGCUUCUUGGGCCUGGGCAGGGAUCUACAUUGAUCGACGACAUCAACAUCACCCACAUGUCGCCGAGAAUUGUCCGAAAACGUGGGUUCAUUGCAGUGCCACAAGAUGGCCUCAUAAUUCCAACGGCAAGUCUACACUUCAAUCUAGAUCCUUACCACACGAGCUCAGAGCAAGAAAUAUCCCUGAGCCUCCAAAGGACAGGUCUUUGGGAUAAGAUCCUUUCAGCAUCCGCCGGUUCGGCUGAGAAGGCAGGAUUGAGUCUCAAAAUUCGAAGUCUGCUAGAUCUUCCUUUGUCGUCAUUUCUACCAUUCUCGGCCGGACAGCUACAACUAUUUGCCUUAAGCCGAACACUGCUGAGGAUUUGGGCUUCUACCCCAUACAAGCCGAUUGUUAUCUUGGAUGAGGUCAGCUCUUCGUUAGACUCGGAAACAGAGUCUAUUCUGAUAGAUAUCCUCCGAGAUGAGCUCCGAGAUUACACUGUUGUUAUGAUUGCACAUCGCGUUGCUGGUAUCAUGGGUGCUAUGAGACCUGGGAUUGAUGCAAUUGCCACCAUGCAAGAUGGAGGCCUGCAAACUGUGUCUAUUAUUGCCAGCUCUGGAUGA